AUGUCUGAGGUUACUGAACAAGUGAAGAAUUUGUCUGUUGAUGACAAGCCAAAAAAGGAGAACAAGAAGAACAAGCAACAAUCCUUGUUUUUGGAUCCUGAACCAGCUUUCAUUCAAGAGAGAGAUGACAUGUUUACUAAGCUUUUAGCUGAAUACAAUGAGAAAGUUAAAGCCAAGGCUCAUGUCCCAAUUAAGAUUGUGUUGAAGGAUGGCUCUAAGAAGGAUGCUGUCUCUUGGGAAACUACUCCAAUGGACAUUGCAAAGGACAUUUCCAAGUCUUUAGCUGACAGAUUGUGUAUCGCUAGAGUCAAUGGUUCUCUAUGGGAUUUGGAUAGACCAUUCGAAUCUGAAUCUGAAAAUGAAGAAUUCAGUCUUCAAUUAUUGGAUUUCGACAGUGAAGAUGGUAAGAAAGUCUUUUGGCAUUCUUCUGCCCAUGUCUUGGGUGAAUCUUGUGAAUGUCAUAUGGGUGCUCAUAUUUGUUUAGGUCCACCAACUGAUGAUGGUUUCUUCUAUGAAUUUGCCACUAGAGACUCUCUAAAGGAAAAAACUGAAGAUGAAGCUGAAAGAACCGUCUCUCAAGCUGAUUUCCCAAACCUGGAAUCAGUUGCCAAGUCUGUCAUCAAACAAAAGCAAAAGUUCGAAAGAUUAGUCAUGUCAAAGGAAGACUUGUUAAAGAUGUUCCAUUACUCCAAGUAUAAGACUUAUCUAGUUCAAACCAAGAUCCCAGAUGGUGGUGAAACUACCGUAUACAAGUGUGGUAAGUUAAUUGAUUUAUGUACUGGUCCACAUAUCCCACACACAGGCCGUAUCAAGGCUUUCAAAUUAUUAAAAAAUUCUUCUUGUUACUUCUUAGGUGAAUCUGACAACGAUUCUUUACAAAGAAUCUACGGUGUCUCUUUUCCAGAUAAGAAAUUAAUGGACGCUCAUUUGAAAUUCUUAAAAGAAGCUGCCGACAGAGAUCACAGAAAGAUCGGUAAGGAACAAGAAUUGUUCUUAUUUCAUGAAAUGUCUCCAGGUUCUUGUUUCUGGUUACCUCACGGUACUAGAAUUUACAACACUUUAGUUGACAUGAUGAGAACUGAAUACAGAAAGAGAGGUUACGAAGAAGUGAUCACUCCAAACAUGUACAACUCGAAGUUAUGGGAAACCUCCGGUCAUUGGGCCAACUACAAGGACAAUAUGUUCAGUUUUGAAGUUGAAAAGGAAACUUUCGGUUUGAAACCAAUGAACUGCCCAGGUCAUUGUUUAAUGUUCAAGUCAAGAGAGAGAUCUUACAGGGAGUUGCCAUGGAGAGUUGCCGAUUUCGGUGUCAUCCAUAGAAACGAAUUCUCUGGUGCUUUAUCAGGUUUAACUCGUGUUAGAAGAUUCCAACAAGAUGAUGCUCAUAUUUUCUGUACCCAAGACCAAAUCGAAGGUGAAAUUGAAAACAUUUUCGAUUUCUUAAAGUACACCUACGGCGUUUUCGGUUUCGAAUUCAAGAUGGAAUUGUCUACUAGACCAGACAAAUACGUUGGUGAAAUUGAAACUUGGAACUCUGCUGAAUCCAAAUUACAAUCUUGUUUAGAAAAAUGGGGUGGUGACUGGGAAAUCAACCCAGGGGAUGGUGCUUUCUACGGUCCAAAGAUCGAUAUCAUGAUUUCUGAUGCUUUAAGAAGAUGGCACCAAUGUGCUACCAUUCAACUAGAUUUCCAAUUACCAAACAGAUUUGAAUUGGAAUUCAAAGCUAAGGAUGGUAGUGAUUCUGAAAACUACGAAAGACCAGUAAUGAUCCACAGAGCCAUCUUAGGUUCUGUCGAAAGAAUGACCGCUAUCUUAACAGAACAUUUUGCUGGUAAAUGGCCAUUCUGGUUAUCUCCACGUCAAGUCUACGUUGUCCCAGUCGGUGUCAAAUACCAAGAAUAUGCCCAACAAAUCCGUGACAAGUGCCACGAAGCUGGUUUCUACACCGACGUCGACCUAACCGGUAACACUUUACAAAAGAAGGUUAGAAACGGUCAAUUAUUGAAGUACAACUUCAUCUUCAUCGUUGGUGAACAAGAAAUGAAUGAAAGAUCCGUUAAUAUCAGAAAUAGAGAUAUCAUGGAACAACAAGGUAAGAAUGCCACUGUCAACAUCGACACCGUCAUAGAACAGCUAAAGAAAUUGAAGGAAGAAAGAAGAUCUGACAAUGCUUUAGAAUAA